CAAAUUGAUAAAAUCCAAGAAGGCAACUAUGAAGUUUUUAGAGACCUUGACUUUGACAAUGAACGAAUCUCUGAAGUCCUAGAAUUCAUGUUAGAAGAGUUAGAAGAAGCUAUAUUAAAAAAAAAAGAUGCAUAA